AGAGUCAGUCAUCAGAGGAGCUCAUUUUCUGGGUAGAAAAUGGCCCCCUGGUUACAGAAGGGAUCUGUGUUUUAUAGUUUACAAUGAGGGUGGCUUAAUCAUUGGAGACUGCAGCAGAAUGUGUGAGUUUGGGCAGUCAGGAAAAAAGUUAUAAAAAGUCCAAAACUCAUUGUUUUUGGGAAGGGAUGAAAGCUCAAAGCCCAGUGUUCACUGCAUAUCUUCUUUCCUGGGAUCCAUUGUUACCCAGAGCUUCACUAUUUUCUUUUCUCCUUCCAGGAUUCAUUGGCAAUGGGAAAGGGUGAAAGUCUAGGGCCCAUCACUCAGUAUCCUCCUCCUCCCUUCAGGACCCAUUGUCAAUGGGAAGGGAUGCAUAUUUCACCUUCUUCCUUCCUCCCUCCCUCCUCUUAGGUUACACUGUCUUGGUUUUCGUUUUCCAUAUCCUUCAAUAGAGAUGGAACUAUUUUUUUAACAAUAAUAAUAAUUUGUUAGGGUAAUAGUUCCAUAUUCCAAGCAAUUUUGCAUACUUUCACUCAAAUUCCCUAAUAACUCUCUGAGAAGCCUAAUUGUUAGUAUUACUGGAGGAGUCAGAAUUCUAGAAUCACCAUUAUUUAUCAUUAUGGCAUGGCUAAAUCAAACAAAUACUCAUAAUACUUACAUAAUUAAAUGGUUAUUUUAGCAGCAGUUCCUUUUGUAUUUGGCAUCUGACAAGCUGCAGAGACACGAAGGCAAGGGAGGAAUUUGGGAGGAUCUGGGGCAGAGGAGUGGGAAAGAGGAAGGGAAAAAACAGGUAUAGGAUUCAGGACAAAGUUGGGACUUAGCAGUGAUUGGGUUAUUGGGACUGGGGAUGAGGUAGAAGAAAAACAGUGCAGAGACAGAGGUCAGUCUGGGCAGAGUGGAAUCUGGGCUGGAGUGGGAGGCUUGACCAGGGGUUGUAGGACAUYAGAGCUUAGGCUGAGCGCUGCUAUUGAUGGGGCGGGGCCUACAGAGGAUGGGCGGGGUUGGGGUUAGGUCUCUGGUAGGCGUGAUUGACGUAGGCGGGACCAAUCGGCGGGUGGGCGUGGCUGAUGUGGGCAGGCCCCUGCCGACCUGGUCGAACUGGGCGCGCUUCCGGGUGUCACCCGCAGAGGGCGCCGGGCCGGGAAUCGCCYGUUGAGUCGCGAGGCCGGACAGAGCGCGGCGCCGCCCCACUCGCCCCAGCCGCCGCCAUGAAGGCCGUGGUGCAGCGCGUCACCCGGGCCAGCGUCACAGUUGGAGAAGAGCAGAUAAGUGCCAUUGGACGUGGCAUUUGUGUAUUGCUGGGUAUUUCACUGGAAGAUACACAGAAGGAACUGGAGCACAUGGUCCGAAAGAUUUUGAACCUGCGUGUGUUUGAGGAUGAGAGUGGUAAGCACUGGUCAAAGAGUGUGAUGGACAAACAGUAUGAGGUGCUGUGUGUCAGCCAGUUUACUCUUCAGUGUGUCCUCAAGGGGAACAAGCCUGACUUCCACCUGGCGAUGCCCACAGAGCAGGCAGAGGGCUUCUACAACAAUUUUCUGGAGCAGCUGCGCAAGACUUACAGGCCAGAGCUCAUCAAAGAUGGCAAGUUUGGUGCCUAUAUGCAGGUACACAUUCAGAAUGAUGGGCCUGUGACCAUAGAACUGGAAUCCCCUGCUCCUGGCGCUGCUAUCUCUGACCCAAAGCAGCUGUCAAAGCUUGAAAAACAGCAGCAGAGGAAAGAAAAGACCAGAGCCAAGGGCCCUUCUGAAUCAAGCAAAGAGCGAAAUGCCCCCCGAAAAGAAGACCGCAGCGCCAGCAGCGGGGCAGAGGGUGAUGUGUCCUCUGAGCGGGAGCCAUAGCCCCUGGAGGCAGAGAACUUAGUGCAUUACCAUUGGGCAGAUCUGGAUCCUGAAAAAUUCAAGAUGCUAAGUACCUACACUGCUUUAAGAAUUUGGGA